UUAUUGAAGUGUCCUUGGAUAGCCUUUGAAGUGUAGUUUCUUAUUUGAGUGGUCUCUGUUCGAGAAGGGAGAGUUUAUCCCACAAAAACCGAGCUGGAGUGAACUUCUGUCUGUAAACUCGAGCAGUGAGAGUGCUGAAGCUGUUUGGUUGAUAUCUCGAGUUAUACCAAUCCAAUUAAGGCGAGUAAGAUACCAAAAGAAAUCUCUCAAGACGAGGGAUCCGUGAAGGUCUGGUUUGCAUCAAUCGGAGUAGUGGAAGGCUUCCAAAUCGUCCGAGCAAAAGGAAACCUCGCAGAAACGGAUCUACACCUCUAAAGAGACGAGUUAACCGGAAAACACCCAUUCUAGGGGCUGUUUUCGUAUCAACGUUUGAGGGUUGAGCUAGCACUUUGAGGAGGCUUUUUAACACUCAUAUUUAAGCAAGGAAUCAGUUCUUAAUCCACCUUGGCCAAAGCUUUGACCAUUGGAUCAAGAAGGAAAAUGAUUUGGUUGAGGCUAAAGCUUGCUUCCUGUGCUCGUUGCUCGAGAGAUCAUCUAGGAGGGAAGACUUGGUUCGUGCUUCCUCCAUUCGGUUUUUAAACAUUAAUAAACAUGCUCAUGAAUAUUUUACUAUAGAGCCUGCGUGCUCAUGUUAGCCACGUGUGGCAUUUGUUUUCAAACUAUGUUUUCCGCUACGUAUUCGAUUGCUUGUUAUGUUGUUUAUGGAUGGCUUACGUGUGAAUGAUAUUCGAGACGCCUUGUAUAAUAUGAACGUGUUGGUCUGCGGUUGACUAUUCGUAUUGUACGGCGGGUUGUUGACGUGUCCGGGGAGGUCCGGGGCGUGACAAUUUAAUUGGUAUCAGAGCCUUAGUCCAUAAACUUCAUAAUGAAGUCUCAAAAUUCUCUUUUUGAAAAGAUUUUGAAAACCAUGAGCAUAGAAGUUUUGUACUUGGAGAGCUUUUGGUACUUGGGUUGCAAGGUCUCUAAUUGUUAAGAUGGUACCCUUAGCAAUUGGUAUGGCGGUGACUCGAGCCAAAAUGUGUCUUAAGUACCUAUCCGUCAAUUGACAUUUGAUACGAGUCCAAACGACUCUUUCCAAAUUUCUUUCAGAAAUGGACCGUGGUGGCAGGAUUACUAGGAGAAACCCGACUGGCCGUGUACCAGUGGAGACUGGACAGGGCAAUCGAAGGACCUCUAGGGCAUCUAGAGGAGCUGGCCUUGGAGGCCGAUCACAGACCGUGAGUGACGGCCAUGUCGACACAGAAAGUGAACCCUACUGGUCCUAUGAGGACUCGACUUACCAACCGGAAACCGAGUCGGUUGAGACCCCUUACGAAGGGGAUGACGAUGAUGUAAGUGAUGAAGAAGGGGAGAAUGACUCCCUAGCAAGAAUUGAGGCGCUGCACCAGCAAUAUCAGCGGGAGCGCGAGGAAAGGAGGGAACGCUGAAGGCGCCGAGGAGGGCGAACUUCGGGUGGGGCUUCAAGAGGAAGAAGCCAUGGCGACUCUAGGGCCCACAUUGAACCACAUGGGGGCCGGGGUGAUGGAGGUCCAAUCAUAAGGAUCUCAAAAUUUCUCAAAGAGGCGAGAGACUUGGGGUGCAAACCCUUCAACGGAGCAGGUGACAUCUCGGUCGCCGCGGAAUGGAUCAAGAGGUUGAACGAAGCAGCCCUUGAUAUGCAACUCACCCCCGAAUUUAAACUAAGGGUGGCGGUGAGAUUGCUUGAAGGGAUGGCAUCCACAUGGUGGGACAGAGCCAAGGGAAAGUAUGGCAAUACCGUGACUUGGGAGAAUUUCCGACAGGAGUUCUUUGCCCAAUACUAUUCUGAUUUUGAGGUGAGCACUAAGAGGAGAGAGUAUAUCCUCCUGAUCCAAGGUGGUAAAAUGACGGUGAGGCAACUUGAACACAAAUUCAGGGAGCUCGCGGAGUUCAUACCGGAGUAUGUCUGUGACGAGAACCGGAUGGUAAAUCACUUCUGGGAUGCCUUAGACUUGGAGGUGCGUGAGAGGGCAACACAGUUGCCUAACAUGACCUUUAGCCAGGUGGUCGAGCAGGGAUUGAAGGGAGAGAAGGAAUGGGAAGAAACAAAGUUGAAAAACGCCGAAGAGGCGAAGAAGAGAAAGUGGGAGAACCAUGGACCUCAGGGUCCUAACAAAAAGGGGAACCAUGGAGGAGGGGGAUCUUUUCGGACACCCCCACUGCCAUCUAGGGGAGGUCAAGGCCCGGGCGGACAAUCACAAGCCUCGGGGGUGACUCAUUGCAAGAAUUGCAAGAGGAACCACCUGGGGAAAUGCCAUGACCCUCAUAGAUGCUGCCAAUGCGGGAGCAUCGGGCACAUGAAGAUGAGUUGCCCACAACUGGGCGGAACGAGGGCAUCAGGGCCAAGUAGUGGUACUACCGGGACACGGAAUCAAGCCGAGGCUUCACACGCGUCCAGGGGGCAAGGGGGAGCAAGCGCGAGCAACGCGCCGUCCGUGAAUCAAGGAAGGACUCAAGCUAGAGUCUAUGCGAUGACGGAGGCGGAUGCUCAAGCUAACCCGGAUUCCGUUGCAGGUAUUACCUUUUGUAUACUUCUGUUUUACCCUUGAUUAGUCCAUAAAUUGAGGUUGCUAGUCGUUGGGAUCAUUGCACAAAGUUUUGGGAUCAAACGGAGCGAAAUCGGGCGAAAGACGGCUGAUUUCCGCCAACGCACACCAGGCUGGACCGUACGCACGGCCGUGCGUUGGUCUGUGCGUUGGUCCGUGCGUUGGUGGCAGUAGCAACCGGGAAGAAAUUGCUAUACGCACGGCCGUGCGUUGGUCCAUGUGUUGGUCCGUGCGUUGGUGGUAGUAGCAACCGGAAAGAAAUUGCUACACGCACGGCCGUGCGUGGAUGGACGCACGCCGUGCGUGGAUGGACGCACGCCGUGCGUACCCCCGUGCGUCCUCCCGUGCGUCCGUCGCAGUAGCUCCUUUUUGAGAUUAUAAGACACGCACGCCGUGCGUACCUCCUAGGCACGCCGUGCGUACCUCCUGGGCAGCCCAAAGUCAACUUUUUCGCGCCGUAUUGCAACGUUAAGACCCGUUCUUGAUCCCAAACACGUGUGUGAACAUAAUAAACCUCUCUAAAUGCAUAAGAAUGGUAGGAAAGGUAUCUCACAUGACUUAUAAAUGUAAGAACACUAAAGAUUAAUGGGAAGCAUGCGCGAAUCCUUAUCGAUACCGGAGCGCAACGUUCAUUCGUAAGUGAGGCGUUCGCCAAGGGCUUAGAGAUACAAUCAAUACCAAUGACGCAAACUUUAGUGGUAUCAACACCACUAGGGGAAGACGUUGAAAGAACCAAUUACUAUCCAUCUUGUAUGGUGGAAAUCGGUGGCCAAACCUUGACGUGUGAUUUCGUACCGCUGAGUAUGAUGGAGUUCGAUGCAAUCCUAGGGAUGGAUUGGCUAGAAAAGCAUCAUGCUAGGGUAGAUUGCUACACAAAGGUUUUGGAACUCGAAGGCAAUGAUGGGGAUACCCUAGGCUUCGAGGGGGACCGAGGCAAAUCAAACAGUUGUAUCAUAUCCGCUGUGAGAGCGAGAAGUAUGAUGAGAAAGGGAUGCCACGCUUAUCUAGCAUACGUGGUUGACAAAAACAAGGAGGAAACGAACAUCGACGACGUGAGGGUGGUUUGUAAGUACCCGGAUGUCUUCCCAAAGGACCUGCCGGGGCUUCCACCUGAUAGGGAGAUUGAAUUUGUGAUCGAGGUCGAGCCCGGCACCAAACCAAUCUCCAUACCGCCAUACCGUAUGGCACCCGCUGAACUUAACGAGUUGAAAAUCCAAUUGCAAGAGCUUUUGGAUAAUGGUUUCAUUAGACCAAGCCACUCCCCGUGGGGAGCACCGGUUCUUUUUGUGAAAAAGAAAGAUGGGACACUUCGAAUGUGCAUUGACUAUCGUCAACUGAACAAGGUCACAAUCAAGAAUAGGUAUCCUUUGCCUAGGAUUGAUGACUUGUUUGAUCAACCACGAGGAGCAACUGUGUUUUCGAAGAUUGACUUUAGGUCGGGGUACCAUCAAUUGAAGAUUAAGGAAGAUGACAUACCAAAGAGUGCUUUCCGCACAAGGUAUGGGCAUUUUGAGUUCCUUGUUAUGUCGUUUGGGUUAACAAACGCCCCAGCGGCAUUCAUGGACUUGAUGAACCAAGUAUUCCAUAAAUACUUGGAUCGAUUCGUGAUUGUGUUCAUAGAUGACAUCUUGAUUUACUCAAAGAGUGAAGAAGAGCACGAGGAGCACUUGAUACUUGUUCUAGAGACACUACGGGAGAAGCAACUUUAUGCCAAAUUUUCUAAAUGUGAAUUUUGGCUAAAGGAAAUUGGCUUUCUCGGGCACGUGGUUUCGGGAUCGGGAAUUGCUGUUGAUAACAAGAAGAUAGAGGCCAUUACCGAAUGGGAGAGACCAAAGAAUGUCAAGGAAAUUCCUAGUUUCCUUGGAUUGGCAGGCUACUACAGAAAGUUCGUGGAAAAGUUCUCUGUUUUGGCGUCGCCGUUGACGAAGCUCACUCUAAAGGGAGCUAAGUUUAUAUGGGAUGACAAAUGUGAGAAAGGAUUCAUUGAACUGAAGAAGAGAUUGACCGAGGCACCGGUACUUGCAUUACCCAAACAGGGUAUGGGGUACGAUGUCUAUAGUGACGCGAGCAUCCAAGGGUUUGGGUGUGUGUUGAUGCAGGAGGGGAGAGUAAUUGCCUAUGCUUCACGACAGUUGAAGAAGCAUGAGGUAAAUUACCCUACCCAUGAUCUGGAGCUGGGAGCAGUAGUGUUUGCACUGAAGAUUUGGAGACAUUAUCUCUACGGAGAGACAUGUCACAUAUAUACUGAUCAUAAAAGCUUGAAGUACGUGUUUACUCAGAAAGAGUUAAACAUGAGACAGAGACGGUGGAUGGAGUUGAUAAAGGACUACCAUCUAGUUAUUGAGUACCAUCCAGGUAAGGCAAACGUUGUAGCAGAUGCCCUCAGUCGGAAGAGUUCGUCUAGGGCAUUGUUGACUAGUUUGAGGGCACUGAGGGCCCAAUUGGAUGUAUCUAGCGACGGUGCCUUAUUGGCACGAUUCGAGGUGAGACCGACCUUACUUGAUGAGAUCAAGAAGGGUCAAGAGACUGACGUAGAACUAAUAAAGGUCCGGGAAUGCAUGCAAGCGGGACUGGUGGAGGAUUUCAGGGAAAGAGAUGAUGGUCUCUUGUUAUUUCGUGACCGAGUGUGUGUACCGUCAGAUGACGAGCUCCGAAAGUCCAUCUUAGAGGAGGCUCAUUCAUCGGCUUAUGCCAUGCACUCGGGGGGCACGAAAAUGUACCGUGAUUUGAAAGAAAGUUACUGGUGGUCUGGAAUGAAGAGGGAAAUAGCCGAAUACAUCAGUCGAUGCCUUACUUGUCAACAAGUUAAGGCAGAACAUCAGCAUCCAGCAGGCUUAUUGCAACCACUUUCCAUUCCUGAAUGGAAGUGGGAACGCGUGACUAUGGAUUUUGUGGUAGGUUUACCACGGACAAUCAGGAACUAUGAUGCAGUUUGGGUUGUUGUAGAUAGGCUCACGAAGAGUGCACACUUCUUACCUAUCAACACUACUUACCCACUUGAGAGGUUAGCCAAAUUGUACACAGAUGAGAUCGUGAGGUUACAUGGGGUUCCUGUGACCAUUGUAUCCGAUAGAGACCCACGAUUCACAUCACGUUUUUGGCCGAAAUUUCAGGAGUCUAUGGGAACGAGGUUUAAGUUCAGUACUGCUUUCCACCCACAGACGGAUGGGCAGUCUGAAAGAGUCAUACAGAUCUUAGAAGACAUGCUGAGGGCUUGUGCGUUGGAGUUCCAAGGAAGUUGGGACAACCACUUAGCACUUGUGGAAUUUGCCUAUAACAACAGUUAUCAGGCAAGCAUCGGUAUGCCUCCAUACGAGGCAUUGUACGGGAGGAGGUGCCGUACACCGUUAUGCUGGGACGAGGUUGGCGUGGCCAAACUCGAGGGUACUGAGUUGGUUGAGGUCACCAAGUCAAAGGUGAAGUUGAUUCGAGAGAGACUCAAAGCGGCUCAGGAUAGACAAAAGAGUUAUGCGGAUAAACGUCGGAGAACCUUAGAGUUUAAGGUUGAUGACGAGGUAUUCUUGAAAGUUUCUCCUUGGAAAUGAAUCAUUCGAUUUCAAACCCGAGGAAAGCUUAAUCCACGAUACAUAGGUCCAUUCAGAAUUAUAGAGAGGAUUGGGGCCGUAGCAUAUCGCCUGCAGUUGACUCCUGAAUUAGAGAAGAUACAUAAUGUGUUUCAUGUAUCCAUGCUUAAGAAGUAUGUACAUGAUCCCUCUCACGUGUUGGAAAAGCCACCUGUAGAGGUACGUGAGGAUUUGAACUACGCUGUGCAACCAAUCAAGGUCACCGAUAGAAAGGUGAAGAAACUGAGGAGCAAAGAAGUCCCAAUGGUUAAAGUACUUUGGAAGAGCGAUCGGGUCGAAGAAGAGACAUGGGAAACAGAGGCUUUGAUGAGGAAGCAGUAUGCUUUCCUAUUCGAGUAGAGCUGUGAAUUUCGGGGACGAAAUUCCUGUUAAGGGGAGGGGGGUGAACUUGUGACACCGCACCCGAACGUCCUUGAAAAUUCAAUUUAAAAAUUCAAAGUUAUGUAUUGAAUUUCUGAUUCCCAAACAAUUGUAAAUGAUUGAUGUUUUACGUAAUUAAUGAUCGAUUAUUAUACUGUUCGAACUCGUAUAUUAGUGUCGGGCUUGCGAAUACUCGUUUGGGACUUAUUAAUAAAUAAAAGAGCCUAACACUAUCUAAAUAGUGAUACAUAAAGUUUCAAGACAAGUUGAGGAAGGGCGGGCGGCCCAUACAUCAUUUUGGGCUCAACCCGCUAAAAUAGCAAGUAUUCGAGAAUGGCAUCGUAGGCCCACUCAGGGGUGACCCACACGGCUGGUAGUCCAAUAAUAUGGAUGACAAAUGUCGAAAUAAGUGACAGGAUGAUUUGAGGUGAAUACAAAUGCCUAUGAUCCCAUCUUUGACAUUAUUGAGUUAAAUAAUGGGAGUAGGAUUUUUCCUCCUAUAAUAUCCAUCAAGUAAAUUAUUGAGAUGAGCCUACACAUAUUGGAGAUCAAUAAUGUGAUGUAGGAAGUUGACUUGUUCUAAAUAAGUUAGGAUGAGUACAAAAAGACAUUUUUGACAAAAGAUAAAACAAUAGAACCCAUCUUCCCAUUUUUGGAAGUAUUGAUAGAUAUUUUGGACCCCAAAAUAAUUGGGAUCAAUGGGGAACCACUCCACAUGAUAUUAGUACCUGCAAGACAAAUAAAAAUGGGUGAGAAGACUUACCUUGGCCGCACCACAUGGAGAAGAACUGCACAUGAUACAAUUGGAAUCAAAAUUUGGGGCCACCAUCACUAUUUUUCGCACAAACUGGUGUGCUGUUUUGUCUCCCUUCAUUAUGGGAGUUAUACUCAUCCAAAUAGCUUUAUUGAAGUGUCCUUGGAUAGCCUUUGAAGUGUAGUUUCUUAUUUGAGUGGUCUCUGUUCGAGAAGGGAGAGUUUAUCCCACAAAAACCGAGCUGGAGUGAACUUCUGUCUGUAAACUCGAGCAGUGAGAGUGCUGAAGCUGUUUGGUUGAUAUCUCGAGUUAUACCAAUCCAAUUAAGGCGAGUAAGAUACCAAAAGAAAUCUCUCAAGACGAGGGAUCCGUGAAGGUCUGGUUUGCAUCAAUCGGAGUAGUGGAAGGCUUCCAAAUCGUCCGAGCAAAAGGAAACCUCGCAGAAACGGAUCUACACCUCUAAAGUUGAGGCUAAAGCUUGCUUCCUGUGCUCGUUGCUCGAGAGAUCAUCUAGGAGGGAAGACUUGGUUCGUGCUUCCUCCAUUCGGUUUUUAAACAUUAAUAAACAUGCUCAUGAAUAUUUUACUAUAGAGCCUGCGUGCUCAUGUUAGCCACGUGUGGCAUUUGUUUUCAAACUAUGUUUUCCGCUACGUAUUCGAUUGCUUGUUAUGUUGUUUAUGGAUGGCUUACGUGUGAAUGAUAUUCGAGACGCCUUGUAUAAUAUGAACGUGUUGGUCUGCGGUUGACUA